AUGGAGGCCCUGUGGACCCUCCUGGUGGUCAGCGCCCUGCUGCUCGUGCCCGCGGAAGCCCAGCAGGCCACGGAGAACCGCCUGAAGCCGUGGCUGACGGGCCUGGCGGCCGUGGUGGGCUUCCUGUUCAUCGUCUUCGUCCUCCUGCUCGUCAACCGCAUCUGGUGUUCCAAAAGGAGAGCUGAGGACGACGAAGCCAUGCUCAGAAUGGAGACCAACCCGAUCCGAAACGUGGACCUGAGUCAAGAAGACAAGAGGGAGAAGGAGAAAAAGGCCAAGAAGGAAGGAGAGAGCAACCUGGGGCUGGAACUGGAGGAGAAAGAGGAGCAAGAGGAGCCCAGAAACCAGGAGACAGCCAAGAUCACAACCAUGUGA